AUGUUCUUCUCAGAUGGAGCUCUCUCAGCCGUCAGUUCUGCGCUCCUGUUGGGAAUAACGUGCCUGAGCGUCCUCAGCGAUCUCACCAAGGGCUCUUCAGACUUCUCAGGUUACCUCUCUAAAGUGUUGAGGAACUACAGCGAGCAGGCCUGUGACGGAGACUUCCUGUCCGUGCGCUGCCCGCCCCGCACCACCAUCACCGUCCAAUCAGCUUUCUACGGAAGGAAAGGCGCCUCUGACCGCCAACAGUGCCCUCAGACCUACCAGGCUCUCCUAAGUUCGUAUAACGCACCGGAGGAUGACCAAUAUUGUUCUGUGUCCACCGCACUACAGAAAAUGCUGGACGAGUGCCAAGACAGAAGGAGCUGUCAAGUCCUUGUCAACAGCCGCGUGUUUGGGACGGACCAGUGUCCCGGCAGCAGUAAAUACCUCAUUGUCUGGUACAAAUGCAGACCUAACGAGUAUAAGAGCAAGGUGGUCUGUGAGGAGGAGAGGAUGAGGCUGAGCUGCAAACGGGGUAUGCAGAUCGCCGUUUACUCCGCCAUGUUUGGCCGAACUCAACAGGGCACCCUGGAGUGUCCCCUGCACCACAGGAGGGCCCCGUCAGUAGACUGCCAGUCGUCUGUGGCUCUGCAGGUUCUGACCGCCCGCUGUCAGGGGAAGAAAAGCUGUCUGGUUCGAGCCUCCACCAGAGACUUUGGGGAUCCAUGCUACUCGGGCACCAGGAAGUACCUCAGUGUCAUCUACACCUGUGUCCCAAAGAAGUUGCUCCAGGAGCAGGGACCCAGACCGCCGGUGUACUCCCCUCCACCCAGCGCCCAUGACCCCAACAUAGUGGGAGACAGCCCUCCGGAGGGGAGCUCAGUCAGAAGCCCCGACGCUGUUCCAGAUAGGAAGAAGAUUAGGGAGACUAACCCCAACGAGGAGAAGUUUUCAGAAGCUGGAGGAGGAGGCGGGGGAGAAAGUCCACUGCGGCCCCCGGACAUGAAUCCCAUCCACAACUUCACCUCUAGCGCCAACAUGGCCCUCAUCAGCAACGCACUGGCAGCCUACAAUUACAUAUCAGAUCACCCAGAGAGGGCGGCCCUCUUCUUCGUCUGCGGUGUGUGCUUGGGCCUCUUCCUCACCCUCUUCGCCCUGGUGGUCCAGAUCUCCUGUCGCACCGACUGCCAGCCCCGUCAGCGGAGCCCCGCCAAGAAACGAGCGCGCCCCGCCGACUCCUCCUCAGAGUCCAGCGAGUCGGACUCAGACUGGGACACCACCUCGGAUCUGUCGGCACGGCGGCACCGGCGGUUCGAGCGCACCCUUAACAUGAACGUUUUCACGUCGGCGGAGGAGCUGGAGAGAGCGCAGAGGCUCGAGGAGCGGGAGCGGAUCAUCCGGGAGAUCUGGAUGAACGGGCAACCUGACAUCCCCGGGACACGGAGCCUCAACCGGUAUUACUGAGGACUGCUGAGAAGAAUUUUAUAGAAAGCUUACUUGACUUGAGCACAAUUUACGCACUUGGGUUGGAAAGAGGGAAAAGAGACAUGGUCCCUCAUGAAGCUUUAUAAGCAAGCAUGCACAUUGUGGACUCACACUGAUGGAACAGAUGAAGGUAUUGCAGACUUGGGGGAAACAUUUAGUUAUUUUCCCUCUGCUGGUCUGCAUAUUCCUCUGGGUAUCAUAAGCUUGGUACCCCAUUCAGUAAGAGAAUAAGCUCCCACUCUGCAUGGUAAGCUCACCUCUUUUUCUGCCGGAAGUAAGAGGUGAAGGGCUUCACUGCCUUGGCCCUGACCUCAGCAGGCCCGUUUGAAGUGGGGAUUUAUGGGUUAGCUGCCUUAGACACACACAGGCCUGUAGAAACUACACAGUGAGUGAAGGACCAAGGCCUCAGAUGGGUCUGUUCCAUACAGAACCUGAGUCACCUGUAAAAGACUGCGACACUUGGAGCUUUAUGCUCGGCACCCUCCAGUAUUGAAGUGGGGACUUUACAGAGGGGGCAGAAGAAGUGUACUAUGGGAUAAUGUAAGACAAUCUUUCCACAGUGAAUAACCACGCUGCCUUUUGAACUUUAAAAAAAAACCAAAAUAUAUUUUUGGGAAAUUCAUCUCAACCCUUAUGAAAUCUAUUUUAUAAUAUUUAAUAGUUUAUUGAUGUUGUGUAUUUUUUGUUCUCAAGUAUGGUUUAUUAUGAGAUUUUUUUUCUACUUGGCGAAGGUUGUCUGGCACCUCAGGGAUGCAAUCCUAGUGUUUCUGUGUUUGGUUGAUGUAUUUGCUUCCUAAGAAGGGGGUCAGCCCAUUUAAACAACUAAUGUCAGCAUUUAAAGACAAGAAAUAGAAAUAUCAUAUAUAUAUAUAUAUUGAGCCUCAAAGAGGUUUAGUGAUUUAUGCUUAUUUUUGAUACAGCAUGUUUAAUUCACAGUGCAGUGCCUUUGCUAGCUAUUAAGUCGCUGUUGUCAAGAGUGCAGAGUGUAUAACCCAACAACUUGUCAAAUGAUUUAUUAAUUGGAUAUCCCAAAAUGAUCUUACUGUUGCUUUGCGGAAGUGGAGCAUGUGUCAAAUCUGUCUCUGAGAGGUGAUGCACUUGCUGCUCUCACUAGAUGUAAAUGUAUAUAACCAGAAUAUGCCAAUUUUGUACCAGAGAAUUUGCUAGAAAUCAUUUUCUGGUACUUGUAAAAUUUCAGGUCUUGUGUCAACUGUGCCCUUAUUUCAAAGAUACCAGUGCUAAACCAGAUGCUUGUAAUAAUCGCUGCUCAUGGCCAUCUGGAGAAGGAACCAGCACUGAAAAAAGGUUCACAGUGGACAUGCAACCUGCGUCUCUAAAAUCAUGUUGCCAGUUUGUUAAAAUAAGCUAUUGUAAAUCCAGCUCUGUUUGUGCUGCCUUGGAUUCAAGCGUGGAAAUAAUAAUAGUUUUCAUAAAAAGACUUGGUAUUUUCCUGACUGAGAGUUUAAUUGAGAGUACACAGGAGAUAUUAGGGUCAUCCAAGACUGCCACUCUAUAUAACUUUUAUAAAGACCGUUAUUGUGCUUAAAUUUGAAAGGGGUUAAAAUGUGCUGAUAGCUGGUAAAGUGAGACCAA